AUGGCCUCUGCCACGUGCCUUUUCUGCAAGAUUAUCAAGGGUGAUAUCCCUUCCUUCAAGAUCUUCGAGAGCGACAAGGUCUUUGCGUUCCUCGAUAUCCAGCCUCUCAGCCGUGGCCAUGCGCUCGUCAUCCCCAAAUUCCACGGCGCCAAGCUGACCGACAUCCCCGACGAGGACCUCCUUGAGAUUCUGCCCGUCGCAAAGAAGAUCGCUCUCGCCAGCGGCGCCACCGAUUUCAACGUCCUCCAGAACAACGGACGUAUUGCGCACCAGGUCGUUGACCACGUCCACUUCCACAUGAUUCCCAAGCCUAAUGAGCAGGAGGGUCUGGGUAUUAGCUGGCCUGCUAAGGAGUCGGAGAUGGAUAAGCUGAAGGCUCUGUAUGAGGAGAUCAAGUCUAAGAUGUAA